UUCUUAGACUCAAUUUUGUUUCUCAUUUUCUUCAUCUUCUCUGAUUUUAUACAGAGACAGCAACAUUUAUUGGAAUAGAGAAAAAAAGAGAGAGACAGACAGAAAGUGAAGAGCUUCGAAGCAGCAACAAUGGCGGUUUCUCAUAGAUGGAUAAGCUUUGUAUGUGCAUUACUGAUUCUAUGUCUGUUUCUUGGCGUCAAAGCCUCAACAGAGAAGCACGAGCUAAAGUCUAGGUUCUUGAAGAACUCCAACAAUUCAUCCAUGGCGGACAGCUCCGAUGAUUCAAAGAGUGAGCACGCUGUUGAUGAUCCAGAGGAGGUGGCUGCUAUGGUUGACAUGUCAAUUCGCAAUAGCACUGAAAGGAGAAAGUUGGGAUAUUUCUCAUGUGGAACUGGCAACCCAAUAGAUGAUUGCUGGCGCUGUGACCCUAAAUGGCACUUGCGCCGAAAGCGUCUUGCUAACUGUGCCAUUGGUUUUGGACGGAAUGCCAUUGGUGGCCGUGAUGGCAAGUACUAUGUCGUAAGUGACCCAAGCGAUGACGACCCUAUCAAUCCCAAACCAGGUACACUCCGUCAUGCUGUCAUCCAGGACAGGCCUUUGUGGAUUGUGUUCAAGCGGGACAUGGUGAUUACACUCAAGCAAGAGCUUAUAAUGAAUAGCUUUAAGACAAUAGAUGGUCGUGGUGUCAAUGUCCAUAUUGCUAAUGGGGCUUGCAUCACAAUUCAAUACAUUACCAAUGUCAUUAUUCAUGGUAUACAUAUCCAUGAUUGUAAACCAACUGGCAAUGCCAUGGUUCGAAGCUCCCCGAGUCAUUAUGGGUGGAGGACAAUGGCUGAUGGAGAUGGCGUUUCGAUUUUUGGAGCAAGCCAUAUUUGGAUCGACCACAAUUCUCUUGCUAAUUGUGCUGAUGGUCUUAUUGAUGCUAUAAUGGCCUCAACAGCAAUUACUAUUUCCAACAACUACUUCACCCACCAUAACGAGGUUAUGCUAUUGGGACACAGUGACUCCUAUACAAGAGACAAGCAGAUGCAAGUGACCAUUGCCUACAACCAUUUCGGUGAAGGUCUUAUCCAGAGAAUGCCAAGGUGCAGGCAUGGGUAUUUCCACGUGGUGAAUAAUGACUACACACACUGGGAAAUGUAUGCCAUCGGUGGAAGUGCUAAUCCCACCAUUAACAGCCAGGGCAACAGAUACCUUGCCCCGUCAAAUUCCUUUGCUAAGGAGGUAACAAAGAGGGUGGAUACAUCAAGUGGUGUAUGGAAGAGUUGGAAUUGGCGAUCAGAGGGAGAUCUCUUGCUGAAUGGAGCCUACUUCAUUUCAUCAGGAGCUGAAUCUGCUGCCAGCUAUGCAAGAGCCUCAAGUUUAGGUGCAAAAUCCUCUUCCUUGGUUGGCACUCUUACCUCUAGUGCUGGUGCCAUGUCCUGCCGCCGUGGUAGACAAUGUUAAUUCUCUCAAUCCUAUAGACACCACAACUCCCAUAUUAAAAAAAAAAAAAAAAAAAAAAAAAAAAUUCUUCCUUUUAAGAGCAUUAUCCAGUAAGUUUGCAGCCAGUCAUUCUGUCUAGUAGUGUCUACAACCGUUCUUUAUAUUUUGUCCCCGACCAAAUCUUUGACAAGUGUACAAAUUUUUCUUACAGUUGUCAUAUGUCAUCUCAUAUACAUGGGCUCACUUGUCAUAAUGCCAUUGAUCGACCUCGGCAUACUUUACCUGCCGUAGUGUUGUUCACACUUUUUUUUCUUUUUUUAAUUGCUUUAUCGCCUUUCCGUUUCUCCUGAAAUAUACCCGUUUCAGGCCACCCAGCUGUGUGUAUGUAUCUACUUGUACUUUAAUUUAAUGGGAAGAAGUUAAUCUCUCCCAUAAGUAAAAGAUUCUCUACGUGGGUAUUACAAUUAGCCCACUUCUUUUUAAAAA